GUAAAAAGUUAGCAAAUCCCAAAUUUGUGGGUGCAAUUGGUGAACCUGCACCAAAAACCAAGCUCGUUUUAAAAUUCUGGAUCUUCUACAGGCCCAAACAAUAUUCCCAAACACCUUCAUAUCAGUCAUAAUCUGUACACAAAGCUUAGCUCACCUGUACGCCGAAGUUUAGAGAACUUCGAGCCGGUUCAGACUAGAUUUGUGUAUCCUUGCUAAAUUUGAACUAUAGGAAGUCACCAUUCCCUUGCGAGAUCAGGUAAUGCGAUUGGUGGAGAGGAACAGAAGAGCGAAUUGGAGAUGCAACUACUUGAACCUGAAGGAGAAGUGAUGAGGAAGGCUGUUCAGCCUGUCGCUGGGAGCAAUUCUUUGCCGCCAAGGAAGAAAACUAUUAAAUUGAAGUUGCUAGCAGAUUUGGUUGUCCAAAGCGCAGCAAGGACUAUUAAUUUAGAUCCUGAGAAUCAGGGCUCGAAGCCCCAAGGCGCUGAUGUUGAGGAGAAUUAUAACAAGGAAGGAUUUGAUAUUGCUCCAGGUCUAAAAGAUUUGGAUAAGUCUGAGGAUCAAUCUUUUGACCAGAAUGGAGAAUCUAAAGGAGGUAGCAAAAUAGAUAUGAAGAAGCUUACCAAAUACAAGGAGAUGCUUUUCUCAAACAAACUGUCUAAAUUUGAGAGAAUUGCUAGCGCAAAGACUCUAAGAGAAUGCAAGAAUUAUGAAUACUUCAUUAUUCUACCAGAUGAGCCAUUUAUUAUUUUUUGGAAUGCUGUCAUGCUAAUUGCCAUGACAUGAUUCUUGACCAUGAAUCCAUAUAGACUUGCUUUUGCUAGAUGGGAUGACAAAUGGUGGAUGACUAUUGAUGCAGUCUGGGACGUCAUCUUCCUGAUCGAUAUUAUUUUGACCUUUUUUAAGGCCUUCCAUAACAAAGACUUCCUCUUGAUUGACGAUAGGAAGGAAAUUGCAAAAACAUAUCUUUCUGGAUGGUUCUUUUUUGAUUUACUAAGUAUUCUCCCUGUAUACUAUUUCUGUCAGAGAAGAGAUCAUCUGACUUUGUUCAGACAUCUAAAGCUGGUGUCACUCCCAGCCCUGAUGAAGUUCAACAAAUACAUCAAGCUCUUGAAGAGGAAAUUCGGUCUUGCUAGAUUCUUUUGCAGAAAUAUUUCAUUCUCGGUUGAAUUCGAGAGACUGCUGAGCCUUGUCAUUACUUUCUUUUUAGGUUGCCAUCUUAUAGCCUGCCUUUGGAUCCUAAUCGCUGAUGUGUUUGAAAGAGAGAAGAACAAUUGGAUAGUCACUUAUGAGCUAGAGGGAAGAAGUGACCUCGAUAUCUACAUGAUAUCCUUCUACUUCAUCAUUACAACACUCUCAACAGUUGGAUAUGGAGAUUUCUCUCCACAAACCAAUCUUGAGAGGGUGUAUGUGAUGUUUUUGGAGAUUCUAGGAAUCAUCUUCUUCUCCUUCGCAAUUGGAUCUUUGACCACGAUUAUUGAGAACUUGAACAGCUACGAUGAGGACCUUGUGCAAAAGCUAGACACUUUGGAAGGAAUCAAGAGGGACUGAGAUAUCGGAAAUGGUAUUUAUGAUCUCUCAAGGCAAUACCUUGUGUUCCAGGAAAAUUCUGACAACUCUGAAGCUCUGAGUUUGAUAAAAGAUUUGCCAGCUAAAUUAAGAAUCGAGAUCUCGUCGAAUAUCUUGAGAGCAAGGAUUGCUGGCAUCAAGUUCUUCAAGGGAAAAUCAAAGGAGUUCCUCUCCUUCAUUGCACAGAUGAUCGAGCCUGGAUUCACACAAGAGGGAUGGUACAUUUUCAGAGAAGGCGAGAAAGCCAGAUACAUUUACUUCUUGAUCUCUGGGAAAGCCGGAUACGCCAUUGAAUCCCAAAAUCCGUUCAUUUAUAUAUCUAUUAAAGAAGAAGAAAUGUUUGGAAACACAGAUCUUUUGAGAACAAAUGUUGACAAGAGGGGAAACUAUAUGAGGAAGUUUUCUGUACUAGCUGUCGAGACAUGUGAGACAGCAAAGCUGUCUUUAGAGAACCUUGUCUCUGUCAAGGAGCAUUUCCCUCAGGUUUAUGACGACAUUUUCAACAAGUCAGAUGUGUUGUUCAAGAGAAUAAAUGCAUUGAAGAAAAGAUCCAUCGAGAUGAUCCUUCACCAGGACUCUUCACAGAAAAUUACUGAUAAGAAUGGAAUCCAGAUUCCUAUUCAUGAGUACAAGGAGAAGGUUGACAAGAAUGUUCCCGUCGAGGAUGCUAUUGAUUUGAACAACGUCGAGAAUUUAGAGAUGAGUGACCUCUCUGAGUACUCUGAUGAUGACUCAGGUGCUGGUCAACAGAAAGUCAAAUCAGGCCUCAGUGCCAUGAUUAGUAAAAUCAGAAAGAAAGAAACUAGUGGAGAGUCUAAGGUCAGCAAACUGGAGAAGAAGAUCAACAAGCUUGACCAGAAGUUUGAGACAUUAAGGGAAGAAAUCAAGAGUGACAUGAAAGCCAUGCUCGAGCAAUAUCUCGGAAAGGCUAACAAUCCAGAAGCUGAAGGAGAAUAAAAAUUCUAUA